AGUGCAUUGACACAGCAGGCUGUGCGCAAACAAGCGUGUCAAGCUUGAUUACCAACAUCUCACGACUCUAUCGUCAUUUAUUCUGGAAAGAGCAAGCAAACAAACAAACAAACAAACAAAGCAGAGAAGACUAUGAGAAGUACUUUUAGAGAAAAAUCCCGUGUGCCAUCUCGCCGCUGUGAGCAACUCUCCAAGUGAUGCCUCAGUUUUACGCAACAGGUUCUGCGAGAUAAACCAAACAGAAUCACCUCCAAACAAAUGUAGGAAGGAGAAGAAGAAGCAUGCUGUCACCACCUUGGUCCUUUGGCAUCGAGCAGGAGAUCACCUCAUGGGAUGUAGCGGAUGCAGAGUCAGGUUCAACUUUGGGAAGGCGCUGUCCAAAGUCUCGGUGUUUUUUACCAUGGUCCUGAUCUUCACCUACUUCUUCUACUGUCUCACCGCGCUUUGCGAUUCGGCUCCGAGGACUCCUUACAGCCACCGCGCUUCAGACAGAGACUAUGAGAUUUUGGACGACCUGCGACCGCCGCCGCGUCUCCUCCUCGUCGACGCGCCGCUUCAGCGCAACCGCACAGCCCCCGUGGACGCGAGCGGCCAGCCGCCUCAGCACGCGCCGGACAACGCCAACGACAGCGCCCACAGCGACGGAAUCCCCGUGUCCAACACUUUCGGUACCAAAAGGUUUCCACAGGCGAUUAUAAUCGGCGUGAAGAAAGGAGGCACUCGCGCUCUGCUGGAGUUUCUGCGCAUCCAUCCGGACGUGAGAGCUGUUGGAUCAGAGCCUCACUUCUUUGAUAGGUUUUAUGAUAAAGGGCUGGAGUGGUACAGGAACCUGAUGCCUCGGACGCUGGACGGCCAGAUUACUAUGGAGAAAACCCCCAGCUACUUUGUCACAAAGGAGGCUCCUAGUCGAGUCUGCACGAUGAACUGUCAAACCAAGCUCAUUGUGGUGGUUAGGGAUCCCGUGACACGGGCGGUGUCUGACUACACCCAGACUCUGUCCAAAAACCCAGGACUUCCGUCCUUCCAGAGCCUGGCCUUGAAAAACUCCUCCACUGGUCUGAUCGACACCACGUGGAGCGCUGUGCGCAUUGGUCUCUAUGCCAAACAUCUGGAGAACUGGCUCCAGCACUUCCCCCUGUCUCAUUUUCUGUUUGUUAGUGGUGAACGGCUGGUUAGCGAUCCUGCUGGGGAGAUGGGCCGGGUUCAGGACUUUCUGGGUCUGAAAAGGGUUGUUUCAGACAAACAUUUCUACUUCAACCAGACCAAGGGUUUUCCAUGCCUGAAGAAGCCUGAGGGAAGCAGUAGACCUCGCUGCCUUGGAAAGUCUAAGGGCAGACCCCAUCCCCAGAUCCCCUCUGAGGUCCUACAGAGACUCAGAGACUUCUACAGGCCCUUCAACCACCAUUUCUACCAAAUAAGUGGACAAAACUUUGGGUGGGAUAAAUAGAGCGGCAUAUAAACUGGGCUAAUAUUCUCAGGGACGGAAGAGGAAUACAAAGGCCACAAACUGGAACACUUUUUGGACCUUUCUGCCUCAGAGGAAUCAAUGUGACAUGUAGCACUCAUGAACUGCCACUGCUUUGUUGUCGCGUUAGAAGCUGACAUGGGCACAGUGCUGCUAAUAUGCAAGUUACACACAUACUUAAUGGAUUAUAGUUAUCAAACCAUUCUCUUGCUUGUAUGUUAAUGUUGUGCAAAA